AUGAAGAUAUUGAAGGAAAGAGAAGGCUUCUUAACCAAUUUUGAAGUGGAGCAGCACUUGACUGAUAUAAAGAAGAAAUAUAAUUGGACGUUUGAUGAAAAAGAUGAUGAAGAAUUACAAAAGGAUAAGAGAAAGAAUAAGAAACGAUUCGAUGCUUGUGGUGUGAAUUUAGAAGUCAUAACCAGAGAUGUGUUGUCAUAUGUCCAUAAUGGUCCUCCUUCCAAUAUAGAUAAUGUUGAGAAUUUCAAAAGUUUGGGGAUUUUCUUGAAUCAAUAUGAUUUAAUGAAAGUUGAAAAACUUCAAAUCAUGAAUUCAUUACCAAGAUCAAUGGUUAUUUUAUAUUCAUUAGUGGAAGAAUGUGAUCAAAGAUUUAAUGAAGAGAAAUGUGAAGCUAUCAUAAAUAAAAUCAGUGAAUUAUUCCCACUAGGUGAUGAAGGCGAGGAAGAGGAAGAGGAAGAGGCUGAUCAUGAAGGUGAUGAAGAUGAUUCUAAAAUGGAAGAUUAA